AUAGAUAAUGAUACGCUUUCUUUUAAGAUUCUCGGUGUGCCAUUGCCUAAUUCAGUUUUCAAUAAUGGCAAUGACGAGCAAAUAGCAACGGCGCUUGGAUUUACAUGUCAUCUUACACAGAUGCUUGCAUUUUACCUUGCAAUACCGUUGAGAUUUCCCAUGACACCAAUGUCAUCGAGAUCGACAAUUUAUGAUCCAAUAUCGGCUACAAUACCAGCACCGCGACAGGAAACUAUAUCGCCGUGUAUGGCACUCGGGCGUUUUUUAAACUUGAUUGUGGUGGGAUUUUUCAUGGGGGAAGGAGGAUUGCUUUACGUGACCAACAAUCAACUUGGAGCCCUUUUUCCUUUAUUCAUGAAAGGAGUUGAUCGUGGCCGAUUUGAGUAUGCUGUUUUUCUGCUAAACAAGAAUAUUGAGCAGUUGAUGAAUUCACAAGGAUUGUUGCGCGUGGAUCUUCGUAAUACGUUACCAAAUCUGAGAAAUUUCAUAAUUUUUCUAAUUUCAGCACCCAAUCAUUAUCGAAAAUUUGUUCCGCAUAACCCUACAAUAUCGGCAAACAGCGGCGGCUCAGUUUCCAACAUCAACAGUAAUAAUGAUAACGAGCCAUUAUUACAUAGUAGUCGAAGCAGCAUAAAUAUACCAUAUGAUCAAUACGAAAUAGGGGAGGUCAACAAUAAUAUGUAUCACAACCAAAACCUUCAGAAUCAUAAUUACCAUCAUGAUGAACCGCCGUCGAGAUCUUCAUCACGGAGCAGUACAAG